AUUUCAUACCGGUUGAACGGUUGUCAUGGAAUAAUUCGUAAAUGUCUCCCUCGUUCAACCGCAACUUUAUGGCAAGCGAAAACAACAGCGAAGUGAGCCAGGGCGAUGAAGAAAUGUCCGUGUACAAGAAGGAUGCGAAUGCUGUUGUAACGUUCCACGUCCAUUACGGCCCCACCGAAAAAAUCAGCAAAAACAGUUUCAAGCCAAUCAUGUCCCACCAAGUUUUCGGCGAAAACGAGUGCAUCUUCGGCUACCGAUCCCUGGAAAUCGACCUGAACUACUUGCACAACUCUGCCCGUUGUUACGUGAACAUAAAGAGUUCGGGAGCCAUCAAAAGCUCCAUUCACAAGCCCGACGAUGUCAUGGAGUCGCUGAAUCCCUGGCUGCCCGAGAAUUACUGUUCCUCCGAAGAAGAGUUUUCCAGCAUGUGCCAAAAGGAAAACCACGAAUUGAUAUUCGGGAAGGUUAUUCACGAGUUUAAAGACAAAAACCGGUGCACGAUAUUUCCCAACGAUGAAGUGCACAGCUCGUAUAAAAUAACUCACUGCGAUUUAACUAAUGCAGAAUUUAAAGCGUUCCAUGCCCGCUUCGAAACGUACGUCAUUUGGUUUAUAGACGGUGCCAAUUUUAUUGAUCUCGAGGAUGAAAAAUGGGAUAUAUUUUACGUGUACGAGGAAGUGGAACAUCCGCAAACUUUGCAAGUAUACACAUCGCCUAUAGGUUACUGCACAGUUUACAAGUUCUUCGCCUAUCCUGAGAAUAUACGAGCUAGAAUCAGUCAGUUUUUCAUCUUACCUUCUCAUCACAGGCGCGGAAUCGGAUCGACACUGUACAAAACCGUCUUUGAAACGCUCAAGUCUGAUCCCAAAGUUAUCGAUAUCACCGUAGAAGAGCCUACGAGCGAGUUUCAACGAAUUAGAGACAUACACGAUGGCUUGUUAUUAUGGAAACUAUUAAAAGAAAGGGACUUAAGGAUACUAAGCUUACCGAUGAAACGAUUAUUUAGUGUUAUCAAAGAACUGAAAAUAGGUAAAAAACAGUCUAAUAGGUUGUAUGAUAUUUUGUGUGGACUGAGCACUAUUAACGACAAAGUAUCUUACCAGGAAUAUCUAACUAACAUUAAAAACAGAAUAGAACGCGAAAAUAAAGAAAAAAUAAACUAUUCGAAAUGUCUAAGGCAAGACUCUCAAACGUCCCCUUCGUUCAUAUCUGAUCAAGUGUCGCUUCUUUUAAACGAAUUUAAAAGUUAUACUAGAGAUAUAGAAAUUUCAAUUGAAUACAUCAAGAACCGUUUGGAUAAAUGAAUUGAUCUUUUUAUAAAGCUGAUUGUAUUUUCUUACUUAUUUUGUAUUUCUUUUGUAUUUGUUAAUGUUAAGAAUUU